UGUGGAACACUGUUGAACUCCUACUGGUGAUUUACAACUAGUGUUUCUUUCUUUUGGGUCUACAUCCAUUUUGGUUGGGUGGUGUCCAUGCUGUAGCUGUAAUAAAACAUUUUGGAACAUUAUCCCUGGAUGCAGCAAUGAGAAAGACACCUCCUGGAACUUACUGUAAAACAUUACAGUGCAUUGGUUUUUCUGAUGUAUAGGAAUCAUGUUGACCUUGGAAUUCUAAGUUCCCUGGCUGUAGAAAUGGAAAUUUUUGUAGUGUGUCACCAUUGUUAGCUUAUCUGGUAUUGCGGAUUUUCCCUGUUGCAGGACUGGGUGAAAGCUUUUUCUGCAGCAGUCAUGUUGAAAACCUUGUGUUGACUUUCCUCGUGUUGUGAAAUGGGAGCAUAAAAGUUUACUCCGCCACUUCGUCUUAAAAUAGCAAAACUUUGCUGUUUUCUGCAGAUCUAGGACCUUGUUACAGAACUCUGCCAAAAAAAAAAAAUGUUUACAGAAGAAUGUACUGUGAUUAGAGAAGAAUAUGCUGGUGUGUAGAUUUCAAACUCUCUGGACAAUAUAAAUAACACUGUCUUUGUUUCUACAGUGGGAGCCAAGAAGAAAGGUUUGCUCCCGGGUGGAACAGGGAUUAUCCUCCUCCUCCCCUUAAGAGUCAUGCUCAAGAGAGACACUCUGGCAACUUUCCUGGCAGAGAUUCACUUCCCUUUGAUUUCCAGGGGCAUUCGGGGCCUCCCUUUGCAAAUGUAGAGGAGCAUUCUUUCAGCUAUGGAGCUAGAGACGGACCGCAUGGUGACUAUCGAGGAGGGGAGGGACCUGGACAUGAUUUCAGGGGGGCAGAUUUUUCAUCUUCUGAUUUUCAGAGUAGAGAUUCAUCACAGUUGGACUUUAGGGGUAGGGACAUACAUUCUGGGGAUUUUCGGGAUAGAGAAGGACCACCUGUGGACUAUAGGGGUGGAGAUGGUACUUCUAUGGAUUAUAGAGGUAGGGAGACAUCUCAUAUGAACUACAGAGACAGGGAUACUCACACUGUUGACUUCAGAGGUAGAGAUGCUCCUCUGUCUGACUUCAGGGGCCGGGGCACUUAUGAUUUAGAUUUUAGAGGCCAGGAUGGAUCCCAUGCAAAUUUUAGGGGAAGGGAUUUAUCAGAUUUGGAUUUCAGGGCCAGAGAUCAGGCCCGUUCUGAUUUUAGGAAUAGAGAUGUAUCUGAUGUGGACUUCAGGGACAAAGAUGGAACACAGGUAGACUUUAGAGGCCUAGGUUCAGGUACUACUGAUCUAGACUUUAGGGACAGGGAUACACCACAUUCAGAUUUCAGAGGUAGACACCGGUCCAGGACUGAUCAGGAUUUUAGGGGCAGAGAAAUGGGACCUUGUAUGGAAUUUAAAGAUAGGGAGAUGCCCCCUGUGGAUCCAAAUAUUUUGGAUUACAUUCAGCCCUCUACACAAGAUAGAGAACAGUCUGGUAUGAAUGUGAACAAGAGAGAAGAAUCCACACAUGACCGUACAAUAGAAAGGCCUGCUUUUGGCAUUCAGAAGGGAGAAUUUGAGCAUUCAGAAACAAGAGAAGGAGAAACACAAGGUGUAGCCUUUGAACAUGAGUCUCCAUCAGACUUUCAGAACAACCAAAGUCCAAUUCAAGACCAAGACAAGUCACAACUUUCUGGAGGUGAACAACAGAGUUCAGAUGCUGGUCUGUUUAAAGAAGAAGGUGGUCUGGACUUUCUUGGCCAGCAAGACACUGAUUACAGAAGCAUGGAGUACCGCGAUGUGGAUCACAGGCUGCCAGGAAGCCAGAUAUUUGGCUAUGGCCAGAGCAAGUCUUUUCCAGAGGGUGAAACUGCCCGAGAUGCCCAACGGGACCUUCAGGAUCAAGAUUAUAGGACUGGUCCAAGUGAAGAGAAACCCAGCAGGCUUAUUCAAUUAAGUGGGGUACCUGAAAAUGCCACAAAAGAAGAGAUUCUUAACGCCUUUCGGACUCCCGAUGGCAUGCCUGUGAAGAACUUGGAGUUGAAGGAGUAUAACACAGGUUACGACUAUGGCUAUGUCUGCGUGGAGUUUUCACUCUUGGAAGAUGCCAUCGGAUGCAUGGAGGCCAACCAGGGAACUCUAAUGAUCCAUGAAAAAGAGGUUACCCUUGAGUAUGUACCAAGCCCAGAUUUUUGGUACUGCAAACGAUGUAAGGCCAGCACUGGUGGGCACCGAUCGUCAUGUUCAUUCUGCAAGUGCCCACGGGAAGUGACAGAGACCAAGCAAGAAUUAAUAACCUACCCUCAGCCUCAGAAAACAUUUAUACCAGCACCACUGGAAAAACAACCCAAUCAGCCCCCAAGGCCAGCUGAUAAGGAACCUGAACCCAGGAAGAGGGAAGAAGGACAAGAGCCACGCUUGGGACAUCAAAAGAGAGAAGCAGAAAGGUAUCAGCCUCCUUCUCGAAGGGAAGGGCUCACUUUCCGAAGAGACCGCGAGAAGGAGCCAUGGUCUGGAGAGACGUGCCAGGAUGUAGAAAGCAAAACAAUCAUGCUAAAACGCAUUUAUCGUUCCACUCCACCUGAAGUGAUAGUGGAAGUCCUGGAGCCCUAUGUUCGCCUUACUACUGCCAAUGUCCGUAUCAUCAAGAAUAGAACAGGCCCUAUGGGCCACACCUAUGGCUUUAUUGACCUCGACUCCCAUGCGGAAGCUCUUCGUGUAGUGAAGAUCUUGCAGAACCUUGAUCCACCAUUUAGCAUUGAUGGGAAGAUGGUAGCUGUAAACCUGGCCACUGGAAAACGAAGAAAUGAUUCUGGGGACCAUUCUGACCACAUGCAUUACUAUCAGGGUAAAAAAUAUUUCCGAGAUAGGAGGGGAAGUGGCAGAAAUUCAGAAUGGCCUUCAGAUACAAAUCGACAAGGGCAACAGUCAUCAUCUGACUGCUACAUAUAUGAUUCUGCCACUGGCUACUAUUAUGACCCCUUGGCAGGGACUUAUUAUGACCCCAAUACCCAGCAAGAAGUCUAUGUACCCCAGGACCCUGGGUCACCUGAGGAAGAAGAGAUCAAGGAAAAGAAAUCUACCAGUCAAGGAAAGUCAAGUAGCAAAAAAGAUACAUCUAAAAGAGAUGGCAAGGAGAAAAAAGACAGAGGAAUGACAAGGUUUCAGGAAAAUACCAGUGAAGGAAAGGCCCCCCCAGAGGACGUCUUUAAGAAGCCCCUGCCUCCUACUGUGAAGAAGGAAGAGAGUCCCCCUCCACCUAAAGUGGUAAACCCGUUGAUUGGCCUCCUGGGUGAAUAUGGAGGAGACAGUGACUAUGAAGAGGAAGAAGAGGAGGAACAGACCCCUCCCCCACAGCCCCGUACAGUACAGCCCCAGCAGCGGGAGGAGCUGACCAAGAAGGAAAAUGAAGAAGACAGACUCACUGACUGGAAUAAACUGGCUUGUCUGCUCUGCAGGAGGCAGUUUCCCAAUAAAGAAGUUCUCAUCAAACAUCAGCAGCUGUCAGACCUGCACAAGCAAAACCUGGAAAUCCACCGGAAGAUAAAACAGUCUGAACAGGAGCUGGCCUAUCUGGAGAGGAGAGAACGGGAGGGAAAAUUUAAAGAAAGAGGAAAUGAUCGCAGGGAAAAGCUCCAGUCUUUUGACUCUCCGGAAAGAAAACGGAUUAAAUACUCCAGGGAAACUGACAGUGAUCGUAAACCUGUUGAUAAAGAAGAUAUCGACACCAGCAGCAAAGGGGGCUGUAUCCAACAGGCCACUGGCUGGAAGAAAGGGACAGGCCUAGGAUAUGGCCAUCCUGGAUUGGCUUCUUCAGAGGAGACUGAAGGCCGGAUGAGGGGCCCCAGCAUUGGGGCCCCAGGAAGAACCAGCAAGAGACAGUCUAAUGAGACUUACCGAGAUGCUGUUCGAAGAGUCAUGUUUGCUCGGUAUAAAGAACUCGAUUAAGAAUGGAGACAAGUCCCGCAGGACACACCCUCUUCUUGUUUUGUUUGUCUGUCUCUCCUUUUGUUUUGUUACUGUUCUUGCUGCUAGAACUUUUUUAAAUAAACUUUUUUUCAAUGUGAU